AUGAGAAAGGUACAAAAAGAAGGAGCCAGACACACAUACACGGAAGUACGAGACCGCAUGAUAAUGAGAAAGGUACAAAGAGAAGGAGACAGACACACAUACACGGAAGUACGAGACCGCAUGAUAAUGAGAAAGGUACAAAAAGAAUGGGUCAGACACACAAACACGGAAGUUCGAGACUGUAUGAUAAUGAGAAAGGUACAAAAAGAAGGAGCCAGACACACAUACACGGAAGUACGAGACCGCAUGAUAAUGAGAAAGGUACAAAAAGAAUGGGUCAGACACACAAACACGGAAGUUCGAGACUGUAUGAUAAUGAGAAAGGUACAAAAAGAAGGAGCCAGACACACAUACACGGAAGUACGAGACCGCAUGAUAAUGAGAAAGGUACAAAGAGAAGGAGCCAGACACACAUACACGGAAGUACGAGACCGCAUGAUAAUGAGAAAGGUACAAAAAGAAUGGGUCAGACACACAAACACGGAAGUUCGAGACUGUAUGAUAAUGAGAAAGGUACAAAAAGAAGGAGCCAGACACACAUACACGGAAGUACGAGACCGCAUGAUAAUGAGAAAGGUACAAAAAGAAUGGGUCAGACACACAAACACGGAAGUUCGAGACUGUAUGAUAAUGAGAAAGGUACAAAAAGAAGGAGACAGACACACAUACACGGAAGUACGAGACCGCACGAUAAUGAGAAAGGUACAAAAAGAAUGGGUCAGACACACAAACACGGAAGUUCGAGACUGUAUGAUAAUGAGAAAGGUACAAAAAGAAGGAGCCAGACACACAUACACGGAAGUACGAGACCGCAUGAUAAUGAGAAAGGUACAAAGAGAAGGAGCCAGACACACAUACACGGAAGUACGAGACCGCAUGAUAAUGAGAAAGGUACAAAGAGAAGGAGACAGACACACAAACACGGAAGUACGAGACCGCAUGAUAAUGAGAAAGGUACAAAAAGAAGGAGCCAGACACACAUACACGGAAGUACGAGACCGCAUGAUAUUGAGAAAGGUACAAAGAGAAGGAGACAGACACACAUACACAGACGUUCGAGACCGCAUGAUAAUGAGAAAGUUACAAAGAGAAGGAGCAAGACACACAUACACGGAAGUUGGAGACUGUAUGAUAAUGAGAAAGGUACAAAGAGAAUGGGUUAGACACACAUACACAGAAGUUCGAGAUCGCAUGAUACUGAGAAGGGACACACGACUGUUAAAGACCACAUGA